AUGGUUCGGAAAUUAUGCUGUGAUAGUGACGAUUCUUAUUAUUCUCAUGUUUUGAAAAUUCCGGAGUCAGUUACGAGAAAAGAUGAUGGAUCGGUUUCUAAACACACUAGAUCUUUAAGGCCUAGGACAAAAAGCUCUUCUGACAAUAGCUCAGGCUCAUCAUCCUCUAGCACUUUGUAUAAAGGUCAGAAGAAUAACCAGAAUCUCUCCUUUAUUGAUUUCAAGUUUAAUGGUAUUCUUGGUCAGGGACGAAGCAGAAAGACACUCAAAUGUGAAUUUCGGGGAAAUACGAUUGCCUUGAAAUGUACCGAUCUAUGGAAAUCUCCACCAUAUAUCUUGAAAGAAAUGCAAAAUGAAGUCAAGAUCUAUCAAAUUCUUUCUACAAUUCAGGGAGAAUACAUUCCAAAACUAAUGUGUUAUGGCUACUAUGGAGGCGGGAUGUGCUACGUUAUUGGUACAAGUUUUGUUGGUACUGCUUUAACUAAUUAUAAGCAUAUUACAGAACGACAAAGGGUUAUGGGUCUUUAUGCACUAAAUGCAAUUCACAGUAAAGGUGUACUUCACAAUUACAUACGAACGUAA